GUCUGCAUGCUCGCUGCCGCCGCCGCCGCGGGUGUCCACACGACUGUCGUGGGCGAGACACUUCGGGUUACGAAUGAUACAAUUCCCGCUCUCAACCAACCAACCGACCGACAGAACGACGACCGUGAGACGGGAACUGGCCGCUAG